AAUUUCACGCGCCGCGCUUCCUUACAGUAUGGUACUCUCCUUUCUCUCUCCCUCUCUGCCCUCUGAUCUAAUCAAUAGAAGGAGUAACUAACCAGCAUUGUGGAAUUUCAAUUGAAUAAUCGGUGGUGUUCCUCGGUUAGUUCGCCUCUUCCAUGGAUUUGGAUUGGUCUUCUUCUUCAUCCGCGUACCGUCUCCUCUUUCGGGCGCUCUCUCUCAUUCCAAUAUGCCACUACCUCCUCUUCGCCUCUCUCAUUCUCAUCGUCCUUUUCUACCGUUUUCUCGAGUUCCAUUUCCUCCAAGACCUCUUCUCCCUCUUCACCGGUUCCCCCGUCGCCCUAACCUUUCAUCCCGCUUCCGAUGUCUACGACGCCGUCGUCUCCAAAUGCAGGAUUCUCCACGGCUCCUACCUCGCCACGCCCUGGCUCUCCAGUCCCCAUCUCCAGACCGUCUUCCUCAACUUCUUCGGUCGGCCUCCCUUUUUCAAAUACCGAAGACAACUGUUUACUACCCCUGAUGGUGGAACCGUUGCUUUGGACUGGCUAAUGAGUUCCGACGUUUCUGCUGGCGCUAUCCAUGUGGAGGGUGUUGUUUGUAAAGAUGAAUCCACUCCCAUUGUUGUAGUAAUUCCUGGUCUAACAAGUGACUCUUCAUCCGCUUAUCUCAAACAUCUUGCAUACCAUACAGCAAAGUGUGGAUGGAAAGUUGUUAUCAGUAAUCACCGAGGACUUGGAGGUGUUUCAAUCACGUCUGAUUGUUUCUACAAUGCUGGAUGGACUGAGGAUGUACGCACAGUGGUUAGUUAUCUACAUAGAGAAAACCCCAGAGCUCCUUUGUUUGUUGUUGGCACUAGCAUUGGAGCUAAUAUUCUGAUAAAAUAUCUUGGUGAGGAAGGGGAGAAUAUUCCUGUAGCUGGAGCUGUAGCUGUUUGUUCUCCUUGGGACCUUUUGAUUGGAGAUAGAUUUAUAACCCGUAGGCGUGUGCAGAAGUUUUAUGAUAAAGCACUUGCAAUUGGACUUCAAGGUUAUGCAAAAUUACACCAGCCUCAUUUUUCUCGCCUUGCUAAUUGGGAAGGGAUAGAAAAGUCUAUUUCCAUUCGAGAUUUUGAUAAUCAUGCCACCCGCAUUGUUGGGAAGUAUGAGACUGUGGAUACGUACUACAGACGCUGCAGCAGUUCUAAUUAUGUCCAAUCUGUUUCGAUUCCGCUUCUCUGUAUUAGUGCUCUGGAUGAUCCAGUCUGUACCAGGGAAGCCAUUCCCUGGGAUGAAUGCAGGGCAAAUAAAAAUGUUGUCUUGGCUACUGUGAAGCACGGAGGACAUCUGGCAUUCUUCGAAGGGAUAACUGCAUCUAGCCUGUGGUGGGUAAGAGCCGUUAAUGAAUUCCUUGGUGAACUACACACCAGCAAUUUUAUGCAUGUACAGAAGAAGAUUCCUAAACCAAACACACCAUUGGGCACAUCAAUUGAUCGGGGCCCUUAUGUUAAUGUUACCGAAGAUGGAAUGGUGGCUGCAUUGAACAACGAGCUAAAAAAUGAGAAUACAGAAGAAAUACAGGUAAUGCAGGAUACACAUAAUGAGGAUCUAAAGAUGAUUCCAGAAGAAGUUAAACGAGAUGAGCUUGAGACUAAUGCAAAGACUGUAGGUUCGCCAGCCAUUGCUCAAAUAGGUAGUGCUCAGGAUGCAGCAGCGAAUAUAAUGAGAUCAUUCAAAAUAUACCUAGGCCAGUUAUCUCGACAAAAUCAAUGGUCCAUCUGGUUGCUAGUUUAUAUUGCUAUUACCACUAGUUGGCCACUGGUUGGUUCGGCUCUAUAUAUUGUGUUUGGGAAAAAGAUAAGAAAUAUCUUACCAAAUGGAUUGGUCCGAAGAUAAUUGCUUACUUGCCAUUACCAUUGUUGUAUUUAUCUAUGUAGAUGUAUAAUAAGUAAUAUACUUCUAUUUCAUUCCCCUGCAAUAAGGGUAAAUCUACAUUUCUAGGCCUGUGGAGAAGUUAAUCCGCACUU